CACACUCACGCGCGCGCACACAAGCACCGGGGAGGAAGACUGUGCGUGUCACAAUGCCUGUUCGACAAAAAGAUGCUCAGCGAGCCCUGGAGCUGCUCCAGCAGUACCGGGCCAAAUUAGAUCAGAGACAGCAAAACCAGAAUCGGACCAAACAGGGCCACCUGGAGGAAGAUCACCAGCUCCAGCAGUCUCUGGACAGAGUCAUCAAUGUCUUCCAAAGUCAGCUCUUUAGUGCUCUGCUUGAUAUCCAGGAGUACUAUGAGCUGACCAUCCUCACAGACAACAAGCGUUCUGGGGACCAGCUAGAUGGUCCAGGGGUCCUCUCUGCCUCCUGUAACUUGCCAGAACAACUCCCAGCCCAGCCACAGCCCUCCCCUGGUCCCGAGAGCCCGCUGGCUUCUCCGCCAGGAUCACCUCAGCCAAAAUCCAUUGCCCCCAAACCCAGGUCAAUCAAGUCCCCUGCCCCUCCAAUCCCAUCUGGAAUACCCCCCAAGAAGCCAUCUUCCCCAACAACACAGUGCAGUACACCUCAGUCACAGCCAGCCAAAGUCAAGUACCGUGCUCCUCUUCCUCCUGUCCAGUCUGGAGCCUCAGCAGCGGAGACUUCUAAACCCUCUUCUCCCUCUGCUGCCACAGUGAAUGGUGUAGAAACUCCCACUGGCUCCAUAAAAACACCUCCUGCAGUAUCACUGAAUGGAGCAAAGCCACAUCUGACUGCCACCACCUCUUCAGAAAGCUCCACCACCUCUACCAAUCCACCAAGCCUUCCUGCCGCUCCCGACCUCAACCUGGUGACAGUCUCAGCCCUCGUCUCCAGCACCAUUCAGGGAUUCAUGCCUCCAACUACUUCAGACAAACUCACUCCAACCAACACCACUCCUAGCACUGGCCCAGAUCUUGACAGAGUCACAGAUGCUGCAGUCAUCUCUACAGGUGUCACGACCAGCAAAGACCCAGGAUUAGGCAAAGUCACUCAAAGCACGAGUCCAGCUAGCCCCACCCAGGGAAAAUUUACCUUCAGCAACCUCAGCCCCACAAGUCCUCCAGGGCCUUUGACUAAAGGACCUCAUUUGAGCCCAACCAGCCCCGGGUCAGUAAAAGUCACCUCCCCCAGCCCCAGGCCAGCUGCAAGCCCACUGACCCCCAACAAGAUGGUCCAGAAUGCGGCAGCCCAUCUGGUCUUCGAUCAGCCCAAAAGGGCACAUGUCACUCUGCUGCUCAUUGACCUCUACUGGCAACCCAUGACCACCCAAAUCAAAUUCAAGUCACCUAAUGCUUACAAACUGACCUCUGGCUAUGAGGAUUACACUGAUGAAGCUGAUGAUGAAGAUGAGAGCGAUGAAGAGCGUGAGGGAGAGGACGCCGGCCUGCCACAGCUGAGGACUGAUGCCCCCCCAGCGCGGGACCAGCUAGCUAACGUUAGCCACAUGUUGUGCCACUGCAAAGUAGCAUGUACCAACAACACCAUAUCUCUGAUGUUUGGAUGCAAGAAGUAUCGGUAUCAAGAAGAGGACGGGGCGUCACCAGGCGCCCCAAAACUCCACCAACACCCCUGCCAUCAGCACCCAAUGGGAGUAGCCAGAGAGCUGAGGGAUGGAGGGACCCUGGGGAGGGAUGGAGGGACCCUGGGGAGGGAGGGGAGGGAGGGGAGGGAGGGAAGGGAGGCAAGGGAGGGAAGGGAGGGGGGCACCUGGAGGAGAGAGGGAGGAGGUGCCGGGACCAUGGAGAGGGAAAGGGAACGAUCGCUGGGGAGGGACGGAUCUCUCGGUCGCCACGGUGACCUGCGGGGGGCCGAGCUGGUUCAGGUGGCAGAGCGGCAGCUGUCUCAGAUCCAGCACGUUCACGGAUACGUCACUCACACACACAUCACGCCUGUUCAGGUAGAAUCUCCUGAGGUUCCCUUUGAUGAUGAGGCGUGGCCUCACCCAGAGGGAGAGAGGCUGAACGAAGUUCCCGCCCCGCCUUUCUCCUCCCUCUAUUCACAAAGCCACGCCUACUACCAGGCCAACCCCCCCCCAGUGGUGGUCAACACAGACAGCGUCGACACCCCCCCAUAUGUGAAUGGAACAGAAGCAGACUAUGAGUAUGAGGAAAUCACACUGGAGCGGGGUAACUCAGGCCUCGGGUUCAGUAUCGCAGGAGGGACUGAUAACCCCCACAUCGGAGAAGACCCCUCCAUCUUCAUCACCAAGAUUAUACCUGGAGGGGCCGCAGCUCAGAAUGGACGACUCAGGGUGAAUGACUGCAUAGUCCGGGUAAAUGAGACGGACGUCAGGGAGGUGACCCACAGCGGGGCUGUGGAGGCACUGAAAGAAGCAGGAGGUCUGGUCAGACUGUGUAUACGACGCAGGAGGAGUCUCACUGAGAGAAUCAUGGAUAUCAAGCUGGUCAAAGGGCCAAAAGGUUUAGGAUUCAGUAUAGCAGGUGGAGUUGGAAACCAGCAUGUCCCUGGCGACAACAGCAUCUAUGUGACUAAAAUCAUCGAGGGAGGGGCUGCACACAAAGACGGACGGCUACAGAUAGGGGACAAACUUGUAGCUGUGAAUGCCUCCUGUUUGGAGGAGGUAACUCAUGAGGAGGCAGUGGCUGCGCUCAAGUCGACUCCUGACGUCGUGUACCUUCGUGUGGCCAAACACACCUCCCUUUUUAUCAAUGACAACUUCCCUCCGCCUGACGUCACAAAUUCGUACUCCCCACAUCAAGACAACCAUAUAAGCCCCUACAUGAGUGGCAGUCAGUCUGUAAGCCCCGCUCCGUUAACCACGCCCAGAUACUCACCGCUGCCCAGGGCCAUGACCGGAGACGACGACGUCACCAGAGAACCCAGGCGGGUGGUGCUGCAGCGGGGGUCCACAGGUCUCGGUUUUAACAUUGUUGGAGGAGAGGAUGGAGAGGGAAUCUUCAUCUCCUUCAUUCUGGCUGGAGGUCCAGCUGAUCUCUGUGGGGAGCUACGAAAGGGAGACCGCAUCCUGUCGGUGAACGGUGUGGACCUGUCCAGUGCGACACACGAGCAGGCAGCUGCAGCUCUGAAGAAUGCAGGACAGACCGUUACCAUAGUAGCACAGUACAGACCGGAGGAGUACAGUCGUUUCGAGGCGAAGAUCCAUGACCUGAGGGAACAGAUGAUGACCAGCAGUGUCAGCUCCAGCUCCACGUCGCUCCGCUCCACACAGAAACGCACACUUUACGUCAGAGCGUUGUUCGACUACGAUGGAAGUGCAUCUGAUCUGAGUGCGCCCAAUCAGGCCCUGCCGUUUCACUUCGGGGAUAUCCUCCACGUGAGCAGCGCUGGCGAAGAGGAGUGGUGGCCCGCCCGUCACCUCAGCCCCCCGCCCCCGAACUGCCCCGAAGUCGGGGUCAUCCCCAGCCGCAGGAGGGCAGAGAAGAAGGAGAGGUCGAGGUUAAAGACGGUCAGAGUGACGAGGUCUCAGGACAGAUCGGACCAGGAUGAUAAAGCUGGCCAGGAGGAGACCGUCCUCACCUACCAGCCUGUCAUGCAGCAGGAAGUUAAUUACACACGGCCAGUCAUUGUGCUCGGACCAAUGAAAGAUCGGAUCAACGAUGACCUCAUCUCUGAGUUCCCUGAUAAGUUUGGCUCCUGCGUCCCACACACAACGCGGCCGCGGCGAGACUACGAGGUGGACGGCAGAGAUUACCACUUCAUGUCCUCCAGAGAGCUCAUGGAGCGAGAGAUCCAGGAGCAUAAAUUCAUCGAGGCUGGACAGUAUAACAACCAUCUGUAUGGAACCAGCAUACAGUCUGUCAAAGAAGUCGCUGACAAGGGUAAACAUUGUAUACUGGAUGUAUCAGGCAAUGCGAUAAAGCGUCUCCAGAUGGCAGGCCUCCAUCCCAUUGCUAUCUUCAUUUGCCCACGCAACGUUGACAACAUCCUGGAGAUGAACAAGCGUUUCACUGAGGAGCAGGCGAGGAAGACCUACGACAGAGCGGUCAAACUGGAGCAGGAGUUCACGGAGUACUUCACUGCUAUAGUCCAGGGCUCGUCUCUAGAGGAAGUGUACUCGCAGGUGAAGCAGAUCAUAGAGGAGCAGUCUGGUCCUUACAUCUGGGUACCAACCAAGGAGCGACUCUGAAUAAACACACACAUACUACAUGAUCACACACACACAUCACUCUUUCAAUACUUCCUACUUCUCUGAUUUUCUAUUAUCAGCCUGCUUCCUCUCUUUCUCUCUCUCUCUCUCUCUCUCUCUCUCUUUC